CCAGGACGCUGCCACCACCGCCUGCCUGCCCAGCCACGGGCUGUGGGCCUCCCAGCUGCCUCCCCUCCACACCGACCUCGACCCUCGGGGCCCAGGCUCCCGCCAAGGCUCACUCACCUGCACGGGGCCCUAGAGCCUGUCCAGACCCACCCCUCUGCUUCGCCUGGCUGCCUCUGUGGAGACCCGGACGGCAGGGCUCGCUCCCUAUGUCGGCGCACCUGCCACCACGGUCCUGCCUACACAGCUGGACUCCUGAGAGUGAGCCGCCCUCCGGGCUGGGUGCCGAGAAGAUGUCCCAGCCCACCACCGUGGACGAGGGGGCCACGUUCGAGCAUCUCUGGAAUUCCCUGGAACCAGACAGCACUUACUUUGACCUGCCCCAGUCCAGCCAGGGAAAUGAUGAGGUGGUGGGCGGCACAGAGGCAGGCAUGGACGUCUUCCACCUGCAGGGCAUGACCACACCUGUCAUGUCCCAGUUCAAUCUGCUGAACAGCACCAUGGACCAGAUGAGCAGCCGCGCGGCCUCGGCCAGCCCCUACACCCCGGAGCACGCCACCAGCGUGCCCACCCACUCGCCCUACGCGCAGCCCAGCUCCACCUUCGACACCAUGUCGCCGGCACCGGCCAUCCCCUCCAACACCGACUACCCUGGCCCCCACCACUUCGACGUCACCUUCCAGCAGUCCAGCACGGCCAAGUCCGCCACCUGGACGUACUCCCCACUGCUGAAGAAGCUUUACUGCCAAAUUGCCAAGACCUGCCCCAUCCAGAUCAAGGUGUCCACCCCGCCGCCCCCGGGCACCAUCGUCCGCGCCAUGCCCGUCUACAAGAAGGCAGAGCACGUGACUGAGGUCGUGAAGCGCUGCCCCAACCAUGAGCUCGGGCGGGACUUCAACGAGGGACAGUCUGCUCCGGCCAGCCACCUCAUCCGCGUGGAGGGCAACAAUCUCUCGCAGUAUGUGGACGACCCCGUCACGGGCAGGCAGAGUGUCAUGGUUCCCUACGAGCCCCCGCAGGUGGGGACAGAAUUCACCACCAUCCUGUACAACUUCAUGUGCAACAGCAGCUGUGUGGGGGGCAUGAACCGGCGGCCCAUCCUCAUCAUCAUCACCCUGGAGACCCGGGAUGGACAGGUGCUGGGCCGCCGGUCCUUUGAGGGCCGCAUCUGCGCCUGUCCUGGCCGAGACCGCAAAGCUGACGAGGACCACCACCGGGAGCAGCAGGCCCUGAGCGAGAGCGCCGCAAAGCACGGGGCGGCCAGCAAGCGCGCCUUCAAACAGAGCCCCGCUGCCGUCCCUGCCCUGGGCACCAACGUGAAGAAGAGGAGGCUCGGAGACGAGGACGUGUACCACAUGCACGUACGGGGCCGGGAGAACUUUGAGAUCCUGAUGAAGGUCAAGGAGAGCCUGGAGCUGAUGGAGCUGGUACCACAGCAGCUGGUCGACACAUACCGGCAGCAGCAGCAGCUCCUGCAGAGGCCGAACCACCUGCAGCCUGCCUCCUACGGGCCGGUCCUCUCGCCCAUGAACAAGGCACACGGGGCCGUCAACAAGCUGCCCUCCGUCAACCAGCUGGUGGGCCAGCCGCCCCCACACAGCUCAGCGGCCGGGCCCAACCUGGGGCCUAUGGGCCCCGGGAUUCUCAACAACCAUGGCCACGCCCUGCCGACCAGCGGCGAGAUGAACGGCAGCCACGGUGCCCAGUCCAUGGUCUCGGGGUCCCACUGCACCCCACCACCCGCCUACCACGCCGACCCCAGCCUGGUCAGUUUCCUGACAGGACUGGGGUGUCCAAACUGCAUCGAGUACUUCACGUCGCAGGGCCUACAGAACAUUUACCACCUGCAGAACCUGACGAUAGAGGACCUCGGUGCCCUGAAGAUCCCAGACCAGUACCGGAUGACCAUCUGGAGGGGCCUGCAGGACCUGAAGCAGAGCCACGACUACGGCGCCCAGCAGCUGAUCCGCUCCAGCAGCAACACCUCUGCUAUCUCCAUCGGCAGCUCGGGGGAGCUCCAGCGGCAGCGGGUCAUGGAGGCCGUGCAUUUCCGUGUGCGCCACACCAUCACCAUCCCCAACCGCGGGGCUCCGGCCGGGGGCUCGGGGCCUGACGAGUGGGCCGACUUCGGCUUCGACCUCCCGGACUGCAAGUCCCGAAAACAGUCCAUCAAAGAGGAGUUCACGGAGAGCGAGAUUCACUGAGGGGCCAGGGUUCGCAGGAGAGUGGGCGCGGAGGGCACGGUGCAGGGUCAGUGGCGACGGCCGGGGCCCGGAGUCCCUGGGAAGCCGUGUUUGGUCUCCUCUUGCUUUUUGUCAAAGACUGCUGAGGGAGGCAGGACCCACAGGCUGUGCCCAGGGAAAAGGCAAGGUCCACCCGCAGCGCCUUGGACGGCAGGAUUGCUGUGUCCGGGGACUGGAGCUGUACCCGGGGGGGUGCCCCCGAGGGCCGGUGCCACCCCCCAUGGGCCUCGUCCUCCUUAGGGCUCUGCUGCUCCCCAGCGAGGUCCUUCGGAAUACAAGGCUCGCCUCUGCUGACAGACUGCCGAAAAGUAUUUCUCUAAGUCUUUUGGUUCCUGGCAAUGAGCGGCCCCGGGAUUGUAUCUAAAACAUGUUUAUCUUGGGGUCGAUGCUUCAGACCCUGUGUCUGCUCAAGGCUGGGUCCCUCUGCUGGACUUGAGGGUCAGUCUGUCCCUCUCACUUCAAACCACUGCAGCUACCUUCCACUUCCUGCCCAAAGAGGAAAGCCAGAACCUCCCUGGAAUUGGAGGGGCCUAGGAAGGAGUGCGUUUGCCGCGUGUGCGGUCCCUCCUGGGAGGCAAGGAAACUUCUGGUCAGGUGCCACCAGCCAACACCCAUGCCAACACCACUGGCCACAGCCGCCUCCGUUCGGUGACCUUCUCGGCACAGACGUGGACAGCGUGCUCGUUAGACUACUGGAAAUUGUCAAUAUUUGAUAAAAUGAUACCCUUUGUACUUGGUGGGUCAGCUUUUAUUUUAUUUUUUGCUUUCAUUCUUGACAUUCCCUUCAGGGUUCAACCCGUCGGCAUUCCUGGCUUCCCAGUAGAGGGCAAGCCAGGCAAGGGUCAGCUUCUCGCUCCCAGAUGCUGGAGGGGGCCGUGGAGGGGCAGGGCAGGUCCGCCCGCUGUUUGGCUGAGAAGUUCUCCACUUGGGACAGCUCCACUCCGUUGGCGACACUGGCAAACUGGGAGCAGGGCAGUGGGUCACCUUUCUCAGGGCUGUGGGGAGAGCCCCUCCCAGGCAGGGGGAGCAUUCGGCAGGAAUGUGCACCCGUUGGGGGCUCAGAGGAAGGCCCGGUGCUGGGAGGGCCCUCCUGUCCUCCUAGGGAUGGCAGGGGGCAGGGGGCAGACCUUCAUGAGGCACCCCGAGGCAUCAGCGGGCUGGGGGCAGGCGUGGGGCCAUUUUCAUUUGCAAGGAACCUCAUGAGCCCUUGUGGCCAGCACACUGACAGACUGAGCGCACUGUCCAGGGCAGGACACAGGGCCCCAGAGAAAUGUGGGCAAUGGGUAACGAGGCAAACCACCUUGUUCCAGGCAGGCGGGAUGAAGGGAGGCCGGCCUAAUAUGUCAGCAGAGACUUGCCCUGCGUGCGGGCAUGUGGCACCUCCCAAGCACAGCCUGCUCCCUCGCCGCGCCUGCAGAAUGUGUGGGUCCUCUACCGAUGUCCCCACUGAGGCAGGUAAGCCUCCAGGCCACGGGGAAGGUGUAGACACAGCCCUCAGCACCCUUCAGGUUUGUUCUUGUUGCCCUGAGCACCCCCGGAGAAGCCUUCCUCUCUGGAGAAGGCAGGACGGACUCUUCAGGCCACGUGUUCAGAGGUGUCUGUUCAGAACUCCAGCUCCGUCCCUUUCCACGCUGGACGAAGAGUGGGUGCUAAGUACCGGCUUCCUUCUUCCAUGUCAGCCCUGGGAAGAGGGAGCGGUGCUCCUUGCUGCAUGGUGGUUCAGAGACUGGCCAGCAGGGGAAGGAAGCCCCAGCUGGCCUCAGGGCCAUCUCCAGACCAGGACUUCACCUUGGAGAGUCAUGCCAUUCUCAUCCUCAGUCUACACUGACGUGAAAGCAUCAUUUGUGCUGUGAGCGCCGCGUCUGGGAUGACGCGGCCAUCCCUCCCCCUCCACCGCGCACCCAGGAGCUCUGAGCCCCAGCCAGGGCUAACCGGGGCAACAGAACCAGCUCGUUCCAAUGGGCAGCAGGCUCUGCUCACUAGCCCAGAGGGGCUCCGUGUGCACGGGGAUCUGCAGUUUCCCCAAGGUAUGCGCUGCGCAGAGGCCCACAGUCACAGGCCGCAGACUCAGGGCCACUGGGGGCCAUGUGCAGCUGCCCAUGCCCCCCCCGUUUUCUGUCACACACACCCCCACACACACCGCAAGGCCAGGGAAAGAUGUACCCUGCUCAUGCCGGUUUACCAAUGAGCAAAUAGGCGAAGUCCUGCUUCUUGGGCUUCAAGGCUGGGCUAGACUCUGGCACUUGCUCUUGCAGCCACACGCUGGGGCACCCCAGUGGUGCCCCCUUGUUCCACCUCAGGCACUGGGACCCAUCCCCCAACUCCCACGGACCCGGCCGGAUGCGGGCAAGCCCAGGCCCCCGUUUGUCUCCGAGGCACGCUCCUGUGGGCCCGAGUCCAGCAGGAAAUGCCACAGAGGCCCCCCCAGGUGCCCUGGAAAGGGCUGGUGCAGGGCAGGCAGAGCCCCGAACAUCGAGGGGGGAGGGAGGAGGUUGUCCUCCCAUGGGGGCCCCAGGCUGCACGCGCUGUCCUGGAGCCUUUCUCCCACUGUGCUGGAGGGUGAGGGCCUUUGGGGAGAACAAGCCACAAGAAUCAAUUGUGUAGAAACUUGGCCCUGCUUAGGAGAACGUGCAAACUGACGGGAGCAACACUCCAUAGGUUUGAAACUCUGGUUCUACAGAACUCAAGAAUCAAGAACGAAUAAACCCCGAAGGUAUGGGUUUUCCAGCGGUGAAGAGGCAGGAGGGAAUGCUCUGGAUGGGAAGCAGCCCAGAGAGUGAGGUGGACCGUGCGUCCACACCGACACCAGCAGGCCUGAGCUCAGGCCAGAAAGCGCGCUGCUGGGGGGUUGGGGGGGGGGCCUGUCCUGCCCCACGCCCUUCACUGCCCCCACAGGCUUGGCUGUGUGCAGAGCUUCGUUAGCAGGGCUGGGCUGCUGGGGAGCGGUCAUUUCCAUGGCCCAGGCCCUCAGCAUGCACGGAUCAGGGACAGGUCAGCAUCUCCAAUGCAGACAGCCAGUUCUCUGUUUCCAUAGGGUAAAGCACUUUAACGCUUUAAGGUUAAAAAAUAUAUAUAUAUCACCCACAUUUUUAAUGUAAUUGAUGCGUCUUCAAGCAGUAUUAAUGGAUCUAUUCCAAUGAUAUUAACUUUUUUUGGUAAUGUAAUCUUGGGAAAAUGUGUUAUUUUUUUAGCUGUGUUUUGGUGGGAAAUUUUGUUUUUUGUAACAUAAUAAAGCGCACGUUCCGAAG